AUGUCGGAAAUUGUAAAGGGUGUCAGCAACUUGUUUGCCUCCGUCUUCGAGAUCAUCACCGGUAUCUUCAUCACCGCGUUCAACAUCUUCGAGGGCGCUUUGAACGCAGUCAUUGGCCUCCUCAAGAACACGUUCAACUUGGCCGAAGGUGUUCUUGGCUUCCUCAUCGGAAACAUAUUCCUCAUCGGAACGCUGUGUGCCAUCUACUUCGGGUAUGUCUUGUACCAACAACGUCAGGGCAACCGACCGGCUCCGAUCUCGAAAGUGGCGACGGGGAAGACACAAUGA